UUAUUAUUAUUAUUAUUAUUAUUAACUACUUAAGAUUUGGAUGUGAUCUUGAAUCAUGAAAAGUAAAGCAGCUUAUUACCUUUUUAAACUCCUCGACUCUAACAAGUACUUGGAAGCCCUUGAAUGCAAAAUGAUAAUACAUGUGAAAAAUCUUAUUGAGAGUCAAUUUUGGAUUGCUUUGUUACAGUUGCUAGAAGUGAAUACUUAGAUGACUAGAGCUUUAUAUGCAUAGAAAUAAUAGAAAGAACUGUCAAUUUUUUCCAUUAGCAGAGUUGCCUAUUGGGUUCUGUGCUAAUGUGAUUGAUCUUCUCAGCUUAAAGGUAAAGUGUUACACCUCCAAUAUGAAAAUUUGAACUUCAUCCAUUAGAAAAUCCGAGUGUUCUGUAAGAUAUUUUUUGUGGAGGGAUCAUUAUUAUAUCCUUGGUGGGUGUUAUUGUUUCGUCUCCUUCACAUGGCCUUAGCAUAAUAAAAAAUAUUGUUCAUCGUUGAUCUAGCUGUAAGAUUAACAUUUUUCCUUGAAAUGUUCACUGUUUAAUAACAAGAAUUAAACAUGUGGCCUUUAUAUCUUAGAACAGAAUCUAUAUAUACCUCCGACCAGACCAAUUUAGCCAUGAAUUGCUUGAACUUGAUCUGUUAUGAUGAACCCGUUGCCCUUAUUUUCACUAUCACAGUUGCUUUCGUGAGAAAUUAACAAAUUCCCUUGUUUUCAUCUUCCAUUGAUAUCAGGCAAAUCAAAGUCAAUUUUACUUUGGUCACUUCACUUAUGAAGGGUCCAGUAAUACUAAAUUUUUGAGAACCAACCCACUCGUCCAGGUUCAUCAAAUCCUUGUCAACACAAAUAAGGUAUUUUUUUUUUUAAUUUCAAAUUACCAAAAUGAACAAACCUCAAAAGGAAAAAAACAACUGCACCAUAGUUGGAAAGGGAAUUACAUGGAAAUGACAAAUCAGAUUCUUGUGGUAAUAUGAUAUUUAAAAUUGCCAUGACAGAUUUAUUGCUAUCUAUAACUGCUAUCUGAGGAAAUCCAACGGUAAACAUUUUAAAGUUGAUAUCUCAGUACUUACCUUCCUAAACAAACAGAGAGGUACACACAACUCUGUUUUUUAGUACAAUAAAAUUGAUAACCCGAAAGCUGCAAGACCAAAGUUACAUUCUCAGACUCUGAAACAUGAACAUUAAUUUUAUAUUGGAAAAGAUGGAAAAAGAAAAAGAAAAUAGAUAAAUGGUGAAACAGAAAGAUAAGAAACUAAAUUUUCUUUCUUGGUAAAUAAAGCAUCUUUUGUUGCAUAUGAAGUUAGCCACAUUGUGAUUUGGGUUAUGAAAAUUAGCAAGGUGUCAACAGAAACUCAACAAAGAGUCACUAUUCCCCAGCCACAGCACUUCUGGCAUUCAAGUUCGCGUAAAUAAUAGGGUGCUUAUAUUAAUUAUAUGAUCUGCUUGCAUGAAAUGGUAAAGUGGACCCUUAGUCGCCAACUUGUCACAGUUCCAUUGGCCCUUAUUCAAGUGGACCUGUGCUGUUCUCCCCUCUUUCAAUUUGACUAACUUCAGAGAACAUGUGUUUGUUUCACUGCUUGUAUAAAUCAAAUUAUCUCAUUUAUAUUUUCACUCCUCCCAAACAAAGGCAGAAACUAAAAAAAAAAGUUCUAAGCAUCAAAGCAUUCUUUCUCACUGGAGGUUAGUUCAUUCUUCAGCUGAUAUAAUUUGCUUUUCUGUUUUCAUAUGAGGGUUGAUUUAUUUGCCUCUCUUAUUCCCAUUACUCAUUAGAGGGAACAUUCUAUUUUUUUCUCUUUGUGAAAAAAGCAAAAGGAAAGGAGAUGUAAGUACCACUGGCAGUUAAGGCCAAAUUUUGAUUGUGUAAAGAACCAUCUUAUUUGAUCUUUGGAGAGUUUGUCGUCUUGUGAUCGAAGAUUCGCACUUAAUAAUGAAAUGACAGAUAAUAAUAUAAUCAAUCAAGUUUUUUAUAAAGACGUUCUGAAAAAGCACUUCAUUUUCAGUUUCUUUGAUUGCACGAAACCCUUCAUUGUGGUGUGUCUGAGUCUGUUGUUUCUGUAACCUUCUACAUAUUUACAUUUAGUUUUUACGUAUUUUCUUUAUCAACCAUCAUUGUGCUUGUUUGGAGAAAGCCAUAGGGAUUGGUUAUGAAUUUGCAGCUCUUUCUUUUUGAAAUAUCUCAACUAAGAAAAGAUUUUCUUUUCUUAAGUGUGGUAACAACUGAAAAGGGAAAGCCUUAGGGAUUAGUUAUGAAUUUGCAGCUCUUUCUUUUUGAAAUAUCUCAACUAAGAAAAGGUUUUCUUUUCUUAAGUGUGGUAACAAAUGAAAAGGCAUAUUAUUUAGUGGAUGCAUGACAUUCUGUCUCAGUUAUGUUACUAGAAUAUCAUCAAAAUGGUUUUCAUUUUAUCUGUCAACUAACCAGAGCAUGUUUAAAAUGAUUCUUAUACUCUGUAUGACUUCCAAAUUUCUCAAUUUAUUCCAGCCAGUUUCCCUAGUUCUCUCUCUCUCUCCCUCCCUCCCUUCCCGUAAUCUCUGAGUAUUUUGUUAGGUUACUCGUAGUUGUUUGUGUGAACGUUCAUGUGACUCAAUAGUCAAAUUUAUCUCAGUUCUUUCUGAAAGUUAAAGUUCUCGUUGUGGAUAAGUUUGACUUGUCUACCUAGUCUUUAAAACCACAAACUAACUCAGAUCUUCUAUUUACUUUUUAGCAUAAAUACAAGGUCCAUGAAGCUCUAAAUACGAAAAUAUGGCAAUUAUAAUAAGAGUUGUUAUCUAUUGAUAGAUAUCAUUGAUUUUGAGGGCGAUUUUCCGUAUCAUUUACUGCCGAUAGUUCCCAUAAAAGGAAAGUGAACUAAUUCAAAUCGUGAUCAUUAAUUUUUCAUUUAAAAAAAAUAUUUCUUUACAUUUGCUAGAAAAAAUUUUGUUCUGAGAAAUCAUAAUAUGAUGUCUGAUUAGCUUUCUCAAAGGUUUUUGUAUAAUUUUAAAGCCUUCUUAGGAUUCUUUAUCAAAGUCCUUGAUGUGUACUUGAGACUGUUUAUUGACAACAAAUUACUGGAAUCUGUUUAAGCUAUUUUUUUUUCUUUUUGUUGUCUUGCAGUAUGACUGCGAUCUCUAUAUAUCUUGCAUAGGAAACAUUGAAUUGUAUCACAUGGGUGGGAAAGAGUUACUUUAUUAAGAUUAAUGCAGUUAUUUAUUAAGAAUUCCUGUAAAUGCAUUUUUCCUUUGGCACUUAUAAUAGAUUUUUUGUGGUGGUCCUUGCACUUUUUUGUCAAUAUCAUAAUUGAAAAUGGAAACGUCAUUAUUUCUAGCUACUUUAAUCUAUAUUAUCUGAUUUACAACAACGAAGCAUAAGGUGUCUUUACCUGGGAAGAACAGAUAAAAACUGUAUUUCUUGUUCAUUUCCCAAGUUCAAUAUAAUGAAUUCUUUGAGCAUAAAAGUGAAGAAAACUGUGGGAAAAUAAUUCAAAAUUUUAAAAUGAAAAGAUUUGUUUCUUACUGCCAAACAAAAAAUCAAGUUUCUUUCUUGAAGAACAUUGCAUUCACUGUCUGAAAAAAGAAUUACUAGAGAUUAUUUUCUAUUAGUGUUUGCAGUUCUUUUUUUUUUUUUUUUUUUUCCUAACAGAAGCAAUUCUUGAAUUGAAAAUGUCAAAAAUUAGGAUUUCACUAACAGAUUAUGUGAAUUUAUGGCGGGCAGCCAUGACAUACCCUGAAGGACAACAUGGCUUGGUACACUUCUGAAAGAAAUCAUUAUUUAGCAGUUAUCUUUAAUGUGGAUAUAAACAACUGUGUUCCACCGUCAAUCUUUCAGAGGUAGAGCAAAUGUGAGAAUAUAUCUUACAGUGUGAUUGACAUGUGAGAUGAAAUUCUACCAAGACAUGUAUUUCUCCAACAAUUCGUACUACCAUCUGAAGGAAACAAAUGGAGGAAUGCAGUAAUAUUAAGUCUUAAGGGCUUGGAUUUCAUUUUAAGUAGUCAUGGAUCAUCUGUUAUGGAGCAUUUUUACACCUCAUGGUGUGGAUAUUUCCUUCCCUUCCAUAACUGUUGUUAGGUUUAACAUUCCAUUUACGGGAAAAAAAACCAUUACAUUUAGGGGAAAAAAACCCAUAGAAUUGUUGGUUGCAUCCAGGAAUUGCAUCUGUGUCCUUCAAAUAUGAUUUCCAUAAGGUAUGGCUUUUCUAAUUCUUAGUAUUUUUCUAGAACUGUGUAGUAGAUUUUAAUCUGUCUUACAUUUAAGAUGAAAAUAAUUGCAUUCCUGUAUUCUGCAUUUGUCUAAUUUUCCCAUCUAACUCAAAUUAGUUCUUACAACUUGAAUGACCUUUGAAUCCUGGAUUUUCCUAAAUAGCUUUGGUGUAGGUCAAUACUUUCUAAUUAUUAAUUCCUAUACUGAAACCUUUAGAUUUACAGUUUUUAUGUGUAGAUUACUCACAGCUCACUGCUAGCUUCGUGUCUGUUAAUUAAAAGAGAGAACACCAUUGAGCAUUUUGCCAAAAGUGUUAUUUUUUUUUUAUAUACCUUUGCUGUGUGAGAAAUUUAAUAUUUUCCCAAAUAUGGAAAAUUUGUCCAAGUGGGCAAGAAAAAAAUACAAUGCCUCUAGUUAUGGUGGUGGUAACAUGCAACUCUACUAUAGAUAGCAGUAAAAUUUAAAAAAGAAGAAAAAAAAAGAAAAAUAAUUCAGCUCUCAUGGUGCUGCCACUAUGAGCUGCCAAGGGUCAAAGAACUAAUGGUAAGAGUAUGCUGAUGUGACUUGCCUUUGCUAUCAAUAGUGGUAGAAAUACGCUGAUUGACCGGCCUCUACUAUAGUAGAGGUAAAGGGAGAGUAUAAAUUCACUCCCAUGUCCACGUCCUCUCUAAAACCCACACUGGUAAAGAUUUUCUUUUUACGAGUUCAUACUUUCUUUUAAGUUGCAAUUGCUAUUAUCUGGUAAGUGAAAAUUUAUAUGUAAAAUGUCUUUUAUUUUUAAUUUUAAAAUUUUAAUAUUAUUAUGUUAAAUAUUAUUUUGUAGGUACCCCUAAGUAUUGGUAAAAGUAUAUGGUUUCCUUAUAAUUAGAAUUUUGUGGUGUUAUAUAUUUAGAUUUUUUUAUAAAAAUGGAAAUAGAUAUUUAUUAGAUAUAAUAUACUUCUGAAAUAGAAAUAGAUAUACUAUAAAUUAACAUACCUUUAUUUUCUAUCAUUUACAUUGCUAUACUAUAAAUUAACGUACCAUUAUUUUCUUUCAUUUACAUCACUAAUUUUAAGUAUUAUCAUGUCCAAUGUAGGUUAAAAGUAUUGGAGUUCUAUUUUUAUAAAAUUUCAUUUUAUACUUAGAUUUAAGCUAUUACGUUGUUCAAAAGUAUAUUGUAUCUAAUGAAUAUCCAGUUCCAUUGCAAAAUAAAUCUAAUCAUAUAAUAAUAUAAAAUUCUAAAUCUGAGGAAAACAUACUUCUUAUUUAUAUAAAAAAAGUAUAUACCUUCUUGUUGCUUUUCUUACUUGUCUUUCAAUUUUUUUUUUUUUUAUCAAUACUUGAUGAUACCUGUCACAAUAAAAUUUAGUAUAAAAAGUUAAAUUCUUAACAUAAUAAAAAGGAGUAUUUUAUACAUAAAUUUCUACUUGCUUGAUAAUGGCAAUUGCAGCUUUGAAGAAUUUAUACAUUCGUAAAAGUAUAUCUUUUCCACCAUAGGUUGUAAGGGGAUAUGGACAUGUGAGUUAAAUUUAUAUAAUCUCGCUUUACUUGUACUAUUAGUAGAAGUAAUCAGAUCAAUGUACUCUUAUGGACCAUGAUAGUAGAGGCAUGUCACAUCAUUGACAAUGUUAUGAUCCUUACUGCAGCUCAUGGUGGCAAUAUCAUAGAACUUUUUUCCUAUUUACUAUCGUUUGUAGCUGUACAUGUAACCACCACUAUAACUAGAGGUGUUAUACUUUUUCUUGCCUAUUUGGAUAAAUUUAUCCCGGUUUUGGAAAAUAUUGUUUUUCUCACAGCAAAGGUUAUAGGUAGAAUUCACAUUUUGGCAAAAUGCUCAAUGCCAUUAAUUUGGCAUCUGGAACAAGCCUUUGAUAUAUACCUUAGUAAACUAUUGAUUAUAUUGGGGACUUUUUGCGGGCAAAAGAAAAUUUUGACCUCAAUGAUCACUUUUCAUAGUUUUCAACCUCUAGCAAGUAUGACAAAAGAAUUGGUUUGUGUCACUGCUGCUAUACAUUCUUUCUCCUUUGUUUUUGUUAAGCACUGCUGCUUCUUGAAUUGCUCCUAAAAUGUUCCAUUAAUGUAUAAUAUUCAUGAUGCAGUAAAAAGAAAAAGUCUUCAUGGCUUUGCUUUAUGGGGAAUCGAACACAUUAAGGGUUAAACAUUCUUUCUGUUAUUAUAGCUAAACACAAUAAAAAGAUUAUGUAUAUAUUCCUUAAAUUGUUGAAUUCCACCUGGCAUCUGUGUCCUGUAAGCAUCUCAUGUAAUUCCUUAGCUAUUUGAGUUAGCUGUACAAUUAUUGCUUAGGUUCUUAUCUUCUUAACGUGUACAUUUCUUUUCAUUGUAGCAUGCAUUUUGUGCUGAAUGCACUCAACUACUAAUAGUAACUUCCAUUGCUGAAUUACUUUUGACUACAUGUUUUUUCAUGUUGCUCAGUAAAGUAAUGUUGUUCAAACAGUUGUCUAUAUCAAAUCCUAUUUAGCUGACAUGAAAAUACAUUCCACAUGGAAACUUCUUCAACAAUAAAGUCUUGACACAUCAGAAUCGUUGCUACAUAAUGUCUCCUAUCAUUGUUUUCCAUGUUGCAUGUUCAUAAACAUGAUUGGUAAAUCAACGUGUCAGUCGUGCAAGUCAAAUAAUCCAUCAUAUUUGACCUUUUUAAGGUCCUUUUCAUUUGUAAUUUAGAUUGUUUUGAUGGAAGAGUGCAGGCACUAAUAUCAAUAGCUGUGAGCUUCCUAGCAGACAUUUAACAGCUUAAUAAGAACAAAGGGAAAUGCAAUGGAUACGUGGCAUGAUAAAUUUCGGUGGCGUCUGAGCCUCAAUAUAUUCACAUUUUUUUUAUCAUCUGUAAAUUUGUGAACUAAAACUUUGGAAGGGCUCAACAAGCCAAGCCCUUGGAACAAUUAAUUUAAGGAAUCCUGACUAUCAAUUCAUGCAUAAGAUCUGCACAAUAGUUGUUGUCUAUAGAAUUUCUUCUGAACUGAUUGCAGUUUCACAAGUAGUUAUGACUGUUUUGCAUCAAUUUUUUUUUUUCGUAUGGUAGUUAUUAGCUUAGCAUCAUCUUUUUCUUGAGAUGUUGAUUUUUCAGUCAAGUGUAUUUUUAUGUCUGGAUUGCUAUCUAGCUAAGAAAGUUUCCUCUAUUUUUUUUUUUUUUUGCGUUGCUCCCUUUUGCUGUUUUUUCUCAACAGAUGGAGAAGAAAAAAUGCAAAGGCUUGGCUAUAUCAAGUUCAAGGAACUGGGCAAAUAUGGAAUAUGAAGUUCUAGUUUACAUAUUUAUGAAGCUGAGCACUAUGGAUCUGCUUUCAAGCAUUUCUCUUGUUUGUCAUUCAUGGCGUGCUGCAUGUUGCAAUCCACUCCUUUGGUUUACCCUUGAUUUGGCAAGAUUGAAGUACUCUUUUGACUGCCCAAUGGACCUUGGCGCUUUACUGCAUAGUUGGCAAAGUACGAGGUUAAUGCAAAUAUUGAACAGUGCAUUAAUUCUCGGUGGGAACAAUAUUAUGUGCUUGAUUUUCCAUUUUGAUGCACAUAUCAAGGAUGAACACUUGAUCUUUGCAGCUGAAAGGUGUCCUAGGCUGAAACAACUUGUUCUUCCAGCUUGGAAUCAAAUCACUGCAAAUGGAUUCAGUGCAGCUAUCCGGAAGUUGAAAAAUCUCGAGUCCCUAACGCUUCCAUGCAAUUAUUUCCCCUCUAGUCUCCUGCAGAUAAUUGGUAUAAAUUGUCCAAAGCUCACCAAACUCAAAAUAAUGUCCCCUUUUGAUGCUGAUUUCGCACAGACCUUGUUUAUUUAUCUCCCAAAUCUUAAGGUCUUAAGUUUGAGGUGCACAAUAGUACACAAAGAUGCUUUGAGACUCACAUUAAUGCUCUUUCCUAACCUGGAGGUGCUGAAUGUAGCUCACAUGCUUUUCAUAGAUAUUCCUCCACCUGCAGCUUUUGAUCCUUCUGGAGGCCCUCUUGUAAUGUGUUGGGUGCGUGACACAACAUUAGCUGAACUGGCCUCAAAGCUAAAAGGCGUAUGCUGGUGUCAAACACAAUCUUGCAUAAUGUGUCGGCGUGUCUUGAUUGAUUCAGGAUGCCCCAAAUGGAUUGAAUAUGGGGAGGAUUGGCGAGAAGACGAGGAAAGUUGUUUUGACGUCUGAGCAAAGUGUGCCGAGAACAUCUCAGGGUAUAUCUAAGCAGGAUUACUUCCUGUUGGUCAAUAAAUAAACUUCUUAUGCUGAAAUAAAAGAAGGCUUCAUUGGACUUUUAUGUUAAAUUGGAAACUUACUCUAGUUUAACAAGCAAUGAUUAAGUUGUUUUCCUUUUCA